UAACUUGUAACACGCCUUGGCAGUUUGGCACCGAGCCACCGAGGAGGUCGUGCUGUUGACGCUUGCGGCAAUCGUGUAAUCAUGCUAUUAUAACACAAUUGUCUAAGGGCUGAUUACGGCUUACGGUGUCCCGGCGUUACCCCGACUCCGCUAUUUCGUUAUCUAUAUUCCAUGCAACUCCGCACAAUAGACAAUAAAUAAUAUUAUACUAUUGUCCGACACUCGUCAGUCGUCGUAGACUGUGUCUGAGAUCUGUCGUUCGCCGUUUCAACAUUACCUAUUGUACAAGUUAUUUCGGUCCGGGGAACUGUGAGCACGAGAAUUUAGUUUUCGUCUGUAGGAUUCAUAGACAAGCACAAGUUUACAGAUUGGAUUCCACGCUCCAAAACCCUUUAUCUGCUGAGUCGAUAUGAAAUGCUUAUGCCAAUAAAUACCAAGUACCAGACCAGUCCAAUCUCUUAUUACCAAUUUAUUCCCUGGUAUUGACUGGCAUGUGCCCUUUUACAAAGUAUUCAAUAAUAAAAUAGGGUAUUAAUCAAACAUUUUAAUUAACAAGUCUAACAAUUACAGCUUAAAAUCAGUGAUUUUAUCUUUAUCGUAAUAGUUUGGAUAGUACCUAGUACCUAUAUUGAAAUUACAUUGCCAUAAUGGAGGAAGAAAGUAUAAAACUAAAUGAAAACCCAGUAAAAUAUGAAUUUGAAACUGAAAAAGUUCAAGAUGAAAAUAAAAAAGCAUUUAAUUGGGCUGAGUUUUUAGCUUGUGUAUCUGUGGCAACUACUAACUUACAUACAGGAUUUGCUUUGGGAUUUUCCGCAAUACUUAUACCACAACUUGAAAAAUACACUGAUGAAAUGGGUGAAAUAAGUAAAUCUCAAUCUUCCUGGAUUGCUAGCAGUAUUUCAAUAGCUGCUCCAUUUGGAUGUCUGUUUAUAGCUUUUACACUGGACAGAAUUGGUCGUAUAUCCACGUUUAAAAUUUCUCUAUGGCCAUGUUUUAUUGGAUGGAUGUUGAUUGCACUUGCUUUUAACCCACAUAUUAUCAUCAUUGGAAGAUUAUUGACUGGAUUUGCAAUGUCUGUUGGUACAAAUUCAGCUAACGUGUAUAUGGCAGAAAUAUCUAGUCCAAAACUUCGAGGUUCCAUGAUGUCAAUAGGUUCUGUGAUGUUAUCUUUUGGCAUAUUAUUAAUGUACUGCACUGGGUUGUAUCUACAUUGGCGUAUUGUUGCAUGGAUAGCAUGUGCUGGGGCAUUUUUCCCAGUUCUCAUGACUGCAUAUUGGACACCUGAAAGUCCUGUUUGGUUAAUUCAUAAAGGACAAGAUGCUAAAGCUUUAAAAUCUUUAGAAUAUUUUAAAAACUCUAAAUAUUGUGCUGGUAUACAAGACACUUUUAAUGAGAUGAAAAGUAUUAAAGAAAAAAAAGAUUUGAUAAUUAAUAAAGAAAUUGAAAAAAGUAAUGUGUUCAGACGUAUUGCCUGGCAUUUAUCUAAGCCAACUGUUUUUAAACCCGCACUCUUUAUGGUUAUAUUAUUUGUUCUACAACAAUUUACUGGAAUUUAUACAUUUCAAUUCCACGCUGUUAAAAUGUUGCAUGAAGUUGCUCAAGGUAUCGACAUCAAAUUUGCCACUUUACUAUUUGGUUUGUUUCGGUUCUUAUUAAGUUUUGUGGCAACAGGAAUGUUACAUAAUUACGGCAGACGUCCGCUGUGUAUGAUAAGUGGCAUCAUCAUGGGAAUUACUUUGUUUAUUUCUGGAUUAUGUUUUUAUUUAAGAACUAAAGGCGAUGAAAGUAUUAUUAUGACAUGGACGUCAUUAUUGUGCAUGUUACUAUAUAUUUCGGCUGGCUCUGUUGGUAUAAUGCUGAUUCCGUGGAUAUUGCCCAGCGAAAUGUUUCCUACAGAAGUUAAAGGAUUAUUUAUUGGACCAAUUAUGGCAUGGUGUAAUGCAGUCAUGUUCGUCGCAGUACAUUUUUACGAAGAUCUUAAAAACUUAUUGGACGGUAUGCUAGGGAUUUUGUGGUUCUAUAGUUUCAUAUCAAUACUAACUGUGUUUUUUGUGUGGUUGUUUAUUCCUGAGACACAUAAAAUGAAACUAUUCGAAAUAGAAGAUUAUUUUAAAGAUAAUACUAUAUACUUACUAAGAAAAAAAAAGACUGUAAAACCCCAACAAUUGAGUACGUAAUAUAUUGAUAUUUAUGUUUAUAUAAAA